AUGGCAGGUGAUUAUGACAUCGCCCUCAUCUCCGAGCCAUACGUUGGCUCUGGAGAUCAGGUUAAAUCAGUGAUUGGAAUUGACACAUACCAGUUCUUCACGGGCAGCAGGGUUAAGGCUUGCAUCCUGGCAAAACCAGGAUGCGGGUCCAUCUUGGGAUUAUCUCAGUUUUCAACAUCCAACUUCUGCGUUAUCAAACUUACUACUGGAAAUCGCAAUGUUUAUAUUGCAUCUAUAUAUGUGGAACCAGACAGGGACGAGCUAGCAACGCUCGAUAAAUUAGAUGUCAUUCUUAAAGACACAGGUGAUGUUCACAAGAUAGUGGGGGGUGAUCUCAAUGGGUGGCACCCAAUUUGGGGAAGCGGGAAAACUAACUUACGGGGUAACGAAAUCAUAGAUAUUAUACACAGCAAUGAUAUGUAUGUAUGUAACGUUGGCAACGUACCCACGUUUGAAACGGUCACCCACGGGCGAGAUCGCUCUUCAAUAAUCGAUCUCACAUUUGUUUCUGGCUCCAUCAUUGAUUACAUCUCGGAAUGGCGUGUUAAUUUGAAUAUCUGCCCAACUUCCCAGCAUAAUGCUAUAGACUACUGCAUUGAUUUCAACACAACCGACACAACACACACCCACCAGAACUCCACUUUUUUAUACAAAUCAAACAAAGCCUGUUGGCCUAUUUUUCAAGACAAACUGCACACUCACAUGACACUCACAAACAUACUUGAACAGGACAUUUCUAUCUUGAACGUUGAUGAUCUGGAUCAGGUCAUCGCCGAGCUCACUAAUGUGAUCCACUCUGCAUGCCGGGCAAGCAUGCAUGUUAAAGGCCGGGGAACAAAGCCGAAGGCUCCUUGGUGGACGGAGGAAUUGGAGACCAUCAAGCGGGAAGUGGUGGAUUUGCACCACCAGCUUCAUGCUGCUAAACGCCAAGGUUUGCCUUUGGACCAGAUUUUGGAGGCACGCAAAUCUAUAAAGGAACUUUACGCUAGCAAAAUGCGUGAUGAGUCGACCAGGCAUUUCCGUGAGUUCUGCGAGUUGCAAACUAAGGAAAAUGUCUGGUCACUCACAAAUAGGCUACUCAAAACUGCCACCCCUAGGCGCCCAGCAGUACCCUCAACAGAGACGCAACAUACACCACCGAUAGCCAAGAGACUGCUAAGGCACUUUUGGACCACUCUUACCCGGGUGACUCACCCGACACCUUACCACGACAUCACGAAUUAA